UAUGCUCCAGUACGGGGGAGAAAACCACUUGAGAGGUGGCUUGAACUUCAUCGACUUGAUGGUGCGACAAGGGAAUAUUGACAACCCUCCCAAGACUCCCCUGGUGCCAGGAUUUGAAUGUUCCGGGAUAGUGGAAGCUCUGGGGGACAGCGUGAAAGGAUAUGAGAUUGGAGACCGUGUCAUGGCAUUUGUCAACUACAAUGCCUGGGCUGAGGUGGUCUGCACGCCCGUGGAGUUUGUCUACAAGAUCCCAGAGGAUAUGAGCUUCUCCGAGGCUGCUGCAUUCCCCAUGAACUUCGUCACAGCCUACAUGAUGCUCUUCGAGGUUGCCAACCUCCGGGAAGGGAUGUCUGUUCUGGUGCACUCGGCAGGUGGAGGAGUGGGCCAAGCUGUGGCUCAGCUGUGUUCCACUAUCCCCAACGUGACCGUCUUUGGAACAGCUUCUACUUUCAAGCAUGAAGCAAUCAAAGACUCCGUGACGCACCUCUUUGACAGAAAUGCAGACUACGUGCAAGAAGUAAAAAGAAUCUCUGCAGAAGGCGUGGACAUCGUCUUGGAUUGCCUGUGUGGGGACAACACUGGGAAAGGUCUCAGUCUUCUCAAGCCCCUGGGAACCUACAUUUUAUAUGGUUCAUCCAACAUGGUGACUGGAGAGACCAAGAGCUUCUUCAGCUUCGCGAAAUCAUGGUGGCAGGUGGAGAAAGUGAACCCGAUCAAGCUGUAUGAAGAGAACAAAGUCAUCGCAGGGUUUUCCCUCCUAAACCUGCUCUUCAAACAGGGCCGUGCUGGCCUCAUUCGAGGAGUGGUGGACAAACUCAUAGGGCUCUACAACCAGAAGAAGAUCAAGCCCGUGGUGGACUCCUUGUGGGCCCUGGAGGAGGUGAAGGAGGCCAUGCAGCGGAUCCACGACCGAGGCAACAUCGGGAAGUUAAUUCUGGAUGUAGAAAAGACCCCCACUCCGCUGAUGGCCAACGACAGCACAGAGACCAGCGAGGCGGGGGAAGAGGAGGAGGACCACGAGGGCGACAGUGAGAACAAGGAGCGGAUACCCUUCAUCCAGUAACCCGGACCGGGCCGGAGGGCCUGAAGGGCGGACCCUGUGGAAGAGGAGGACGGCUGCGAGAACUCUUCUGUGUCCCAGUGAACAAAUGCUGUAGUCCAGUGUGUGUUCGUGUUCGUCUGCAGUCAGCUGAGCUAAGAAGCUGUUGAUCACUAUUGUUUUUGAGAAUUAAGUGCCAAUCCCAUUCCAUGCAGUAUUACGUCCCUUCCUGAUCUGUGUACCACACCCUCCCCUCUCCCUGAAUCAAAACUAUCCACCUCCGGGUCCUUCUCCGUGGCUCCAGAACAGCCUUGCAAAUUCAUACAAUCCCACAGGACAAGGGCAAGGACGAGUUCGGGCUGAAAGGUGUUGUCACAGAGCACUAUGCAGGUCCCUGCCUUCCUCCGGCCAGUGGUACUCUUUGCCACCAGUUAGCCAUGCUUCUAACCAGAGCACUUGCCAAGUUGGCUGGCAGAAAGAGAGCCAGGAGAGGCAUUUGUGAGCCCAGAAGUGUAGAAACUCUGCACAUAGUACUUUUCCUCUCUCUCUUUAUGAGGCAACUUGUUACAUUCAUCCCGUAAUCCUAAGGCCAUGAGGUCUAAGCUGCUCUGCUCUGACCCUCCUGGGUUGGAAUCUUUCUAUGGUCCUUAUUUAUAAAUGUGGGGACAGGAGUGGGUUUCUUGAGAUAGAAGAUGGGUCAACAGCAUGCAUCCGAGGAUAAACCACAGAAAUUUCUCUUCUGAGACCAUGUGUCAUGAGCAUAUCCUCCCCAUGGCCAUAUAUAUUUUAUGUUAAGAAAACUCCCUGUGUGUAGGACUAAUUGAGAUGUCAUUACGAAGCCUCUUCUGUGUUGGUUUACUUGCCAUCAAUAGUUUUCCUAUUUUCCAUUCCAGGUCUCAAGCAGAUACCCCAAGAGAGAACCCCCUGACAGGCCAUACAUGUAUGUGGAAAAUUCAGUGAGUUCUCUUUUGUCUUGCCAAAGCAUGUUCCAACAGGGACAAACAAAAAGUUGCUGUUCAGCAUCUGGCAAUGUGAGCUUUCUCUCUCUGAUACAUCAGACCAUGGUGCCAAUCACGUAGGGCUCCUGCUCUUUGCAAAUCAGGGACCAAAGUGACUGCAUGCCCUGUUCAUUUGUGCAGCUUCUACACUCCUGUGAAGCCCACCCCGUGCCAUUUGCCUGGGCUUGAGAGCUAGUGACCCUGGAGGAAGAGGAGUCUUGGUGUCUCCACUAGGAAGCUCUUUCUUCCCUUCUUUUCCAGUCCUUUUGUCUGAAGGGUUAAUUCUGUCACUCACAAGCCAAGCUAAAAACACCAAGGGGGCCGUGGAAUUAGCAUCCCUGCUUACUUUGUGCUGUGGAAGAGUGAGAGGGUUCCCACAUGCUGGUGAUAUUAGCAUUCUUGAAGGCACAAGGGGUUUCCUGCAUCAUCCAGUUCCUCCACCAAUAAGAUUUAAGGCACACCUAACUCUUCCCCUGGGUGAUGGGAACAAACACAUCUCAACAAUUUCCUCUUUGAGUUCCCCAGCCCUUUUGCAAUGAAUGUCACUUCUUUCACCAGGUUUUUUGCUCUUUAAGCUUGUGAUGAUGACUUAUUUAUGCCAAAUAUUUAUAGGGAGGGAGUCUCUCCUUGUUGUGAAUGUACAUGUAAAAUAUGAAGACCAGAAAGGGUGCUGAGAGCUGUUUAGCUGAGGAAUGGGGGUCUUUCAGAAGAGGGUAACAAGGUCAUCCCUUCUUCCUCCCUACCCCCAAGCUCAGCCAUAUCCCAGUGCUGGACCAUCCAGAGAGACAGCAGGGUAGUUACCCCCAACACCUUUGUUAGAGGCCAUCUUAUUGGUCAUGCUUCUCCUAUAACUGUGCUGAAAGGGGGUCAGAAAAAGAACCACUGUCCAAGCGAUGUUCUGAUUACACAGUGCAAAAAGGGCACUUACUGGCCCCCUGAUGGC